CCAAUGAAAGCAACACAUUAUUUUGUUUUUCCUGAACCAAAGACUUCACUUUGCUUUUGAGUAUUUGUUGGCAAAGCUCUUUUGAAAGCACCACCAAACAACAAGAAAACAUGCAAAAGCAAGCUUUGGUUAUAUUGUUUUACAACCUCUCAAGCUCAUCUUUGCUUCUCCUUCUCUUUCUAUACUACUCAUCAAUUUUGCUUGCCAAGUUCUUCUACUUCAUUGGAAGUUACUCGCUUCUCCAAAGGAAUCGAAAUGGAUAUGAUUACAGUAUGUUCUCUGAAGAAGAAGAAGAAGAAGAAGAAGAAGAAGAAGAAGAAGAAGAUUAUUGUGUUGAAAGGUAUAACUACAAGGCCAACUGCAUGGAAAAUGACCACCUUGUGGCUGACAUAAUUCAUGGUGGUGAAUCACUUAUUUUCCUGCCGGACAGCAGCUUUCAAAGACCUCGAAAUGAUGUCCAUGAUGAUCAGCUCAUCACGAGUGAGGAUCAAGAAUAUGCAAGUUGUUACACUGAACAGUCACCUAGUUCAGAUUCUGAACACCAUCAUGAUGAUGAUGAUACAGAUUUGUUUGAUCAUGAAGAGAUCCCAACAAAAGAUGGCGAUUCACUUGACAAUUUUGAUGAUGGUCCCACUCCUAUAGUCUCACCAAUGGACAAAAGUGAUGUGGACAAUGAUGAAGAUGGUGAUGAAAAUUUCAGUAAUCAAAAAAUCAAACAAAGGGUGCAAACAGAUUUUUCAAGUGACAAGUUUUUUGUUAUAGGACCAACAGUGGAGUCUAAGAAGUUAGUAGGUGAGGAGCAGGAUAAUAAUGAACCAAUCUAUGGUGACUCUUACACAAUAGGCUCAACAUCAAAGAGCUCAUCUGAGUGGAGAAGCUCAAUAAAUUGCAGAGAUUCAGGGACUGAAGAUCCAUUUUCAUCUUCCUCAAGAAGAAGUUGUCCCAAAUGGGAAUCCUACACUGUGUUCCAAAAAUAUGAUGAAGAGAUGAUGUUCCUUGACAGAAUCAGUGCACAAAAGCUCCAAGAAACAGAAUCACUGAGGUCCAUCCAAGCUUGCCCAAGAUCAAUAUCUGAGAGAAUAGUCCACAAGUUUGCGACAAUGAACAGAAAACCAUCAGAUAUCAGACAGAAUCCAUAUCAUGAACUGGAAUCUGCAUACGUUGCUCAAAUUUGCUUGACUUGGGAAGCUCUUAACUGGAACUAUAAGAACUUUGAACAUAAAAGAGCCUCUAGAAAAGAUUUCGACUGUCCUGCCAUCAUUGCUCAACAGUUUCAACAAUUCCAAGUUCUUUUACAAAGAUACAUCGAAAAUGAGCCUUAUGAACAAGGGCGUAGACCCGAGGUGUAUGCCAGGAUGAGGCUUUUGGCCCCAAAGUUGCUUCUGGUUCCUGAAUAUCGAGAUUAUGAGGAAGAUGAAAGAGAUGAAGGGUUUGGGCCAAGAAUAUCAGCAGAAACAUUUGUGGUGAUAAUGGAGGAUGGAAUCCAAACCUUCAUGAAUUUUCUCAAGGCAGACAAGGAGAAACCAUGUCAACUCAUUAAAAAAUUCUUUGGGAUGAAGAGAAGAGGCUCAGUUGACCCUACACUCCUUCAGCUUAUGAAAAAAGUUAAUGCUAAAAAAAGGAUGAAGCUUAAAGACCUUAAAAGGGCUAAGAAAUGCAUAAGGAGAAGGAAAGUGAAGGUGGAGAAAGAGAUGGACAUAUUGAUGGGUCUGAUUGACCUAAAAGUGGUGUCAAGGGUUUUGAGAAUGACUGAUCUAACUGAACAACAAUUGCAUUGGUGUGAGGAGAAGAUGAGCAAAGUCAGGAUUUCAGAAGGCCAACUCCAUAGAGAUUCCUCUACCCUUUUUUUCCCAGCUCACUAAUUGACCCACCACCUUUUUCUAAAUAUUACAUCAUACAUUACAAAACCAUAUCUAAAUGUGCAUCACUGCACCAUAUGGAUAAUCCUAGGCUAGCUUUUGUAUAUAGCUAUACCUAUAUUAUACCGGAUGUAGUGACAUAGAAUUUGUUAGAAAAUUAAGAUAUAGGUUCUAUACAUAAAACAUGAUAAUAAGAAAUUUUAUGAUAAUAUAAUAAAACUGUAAAAUUUUAAA